UGCAGACCAUGGCACGGUGUCUGCGUCUCCUCAUCUUUGCGGUAUCUGUGAAUUUCUUAAUAUAUCCGGACCGGGGCUGUGCGGCUACCGGUGGACUCCGGAGGACACCUGCGGACUCGUGUGCACCCAAGGGUGCAUCUUUGAAUAAGAACAAUGGACAGCCCAAUGUCAUCUUCCGAUACGACAACUGCACCAGUUAAUUCUGGAGGGAAGCACCUGAUCGCCUGACAUGCAGAAUGUAACCAUCAGUCAGUACGCCUGCAACGACCAGGUGGCCAUAUCGGUUAUUUGGACACCCACUGCCACAGGCAUCGAGUAUCUGAAAGGUUUUCGCAUUAUUCUGGAAGAGUUGAAAUCCGAGGGGCGUAUGUGUCAGCAGAUGGUGCUCAAGGACCCGAAGCAGCUGAAUUCCAGUUUUAAAAAAGUUGUUAUGGAAACUCAGCCAUUUAUGAACCUGAAGUUUGAAACCGAUUAUUUUGUGAAAAUUGUUCCCUUUCCCUCCAUUAAAAAUGAGAGCAACUACCAUCCGUUUUUCUUCAGAACACGGACCUGUGAGACCUUGCUACAACCGGACAACUUAACCUGCAGACCAUACUGGCGGCCAAAGAACGUGAAUGUCACGCAGCAAGGCGUUAACAUGCAGGUUUCCUUUGACCACGCACCCCAUAACUUCGGGUUCAGUGCAUAUUACGUAAACUACCGGAUGAAACAUGACGUCUCCUUCAAACAGAAGAUCUGCAGACAGGUUCAAAAUAGCGACUACACAAACUGUCUUCUCCAGAACGUUUCUCCCGGGGAUUAUGUCAUCGAGCUUCUUGACGACACCAAUACAACGCGGCGCUCUAUGCACUACUCUCUGAAACCCGUGCAUUCUCCCUGGGCUGGACCAAUCCGUGCCAUUGCUAUCACCGUUCCUUUGGUCAUCAUAUCUGCUUUUGCCACACUUUUUACAGUUAUGUGCAGGAAAAAACAGCAAGAAAACAUCUACUCACACCUUGAUGAGGAGAGCUCCGAGUCCUCCAAUUACGCCGGAAGCCUCCAUGUGGAAAGGCCUCGACCACGACCCAAAGUCUUCAUCUGUUACUCCAACAAGGACUGUCAGAAGCACAUCAACGUCAUCCAGUGUUUUGCCUAUUUUCUCCAGGAUUUCUGCGGAUGUGAAGUUUCUUUGGACUUGUGGGAAAACUUGAAAAUUUGCAAAGAGGGGCAACGAGAGUGGCUGAAACAAAAAAUCAAAGAUUCUCAUUACAUCAUCGUCGUGUGUUCCAAGGGUAUGAAGUAUUUUAUUGAGAAGAAGAAGAAAAAGAACAAGUCCACCAGCCUUGAAUCUGGGAAAGGAGAGAUCUUUGUGAGCGCCAUGGCUAUGAUCGCUGAGAAACUAAGCAAGGCCCAGGACAGCUCAGACGACCUGAGCCGAUUCAUCACCGUUUACUUUGAUUACUCCAGUGAGAACGACAUUCCUAGUGUUCUGGAUGUGACUAGAAAGUACAAACUCAUGGACCACCUCCCCCAGCUGUACUUCCACCUCUACUCCAAAGAGCUGAGCCUGCAAGACCACGAGCACUAUCCCACCAACAUCAGCAAACGCAACUAUUUCAGAAGCAAAGCUGGACGAUCGUUAUAUGUCGCCAUUUGUAACAUGCACCAGUAUAUUGAUCAAGAACCGGACUGGUUUGAGAAGGAGCAUGUACCCUCACACUCUCCUACCUUACACUACCAGGAACCUGUGAUGGAAAAGUUUGACUCUGGCUUAGUCUUGAAUGAUGACACAGGGAAACAGGGGAUGGAACAUGAUUUCCCAGUACAGACCGAUGUGGUGGCAUCAGCUGAAUGUCACGUACCUACAUUGAGCGGUGACACUGGGGAUGAUAUUGAAGGACAAAGCACACCAGCUGAGUGUUGUGUUCUCCAACCAGUUCUUCACUCUGUUAAGGUUGUCAACCAGGCAGACAUGCCUCGGGACUCUGGGAUUUAUGACUCUUCUGUUCCAUCUUCUGAGCUGUCGCUACCUUUAAUGGACGGAUUAUCACCCGAUCAGGUAGAAACAUCAUCUAUUGCAGAGAGUGUCUCUUCAUCCUCUGGACUAGGAGAGGAGGAGCCCAGUAUCCCUAAAUCUGUUGUGUACAGCGUCUGCAAAGCGGAUCUUCAUUGCCACAUUCAUCCUGACGAGCUCCAAGCCGUUGCGCCUUUGUAGUGUACUGGUUAACCCGUUCUGUGCCGAU